UUUAUUAGUUGGGUAGGAGAAAACAACAAAACCAAUGAGAUAAUUUCGUAAUAUGCAUAUGUGGCUGUGGUAGCUACUAGCAACUCCCUCAGACUCAGUACAGUCGCCUCUCUAAUCCCUUUCUCCUCACUCCUCCUCAUUUACAACUUUACAGGUCUCAGAAACAAGAAAGGGAGUGAUGUCUGCAACCAUAUGCAAUUCUAAUCUCAUCUGCUGUUACACAAAACAAACUCCAAUACACCCAGCUGUUGGACUCAGGAUCCAAAAUCAACUCAUUUCAAGAACCAACCAGAGCUAUCCCAAGAAAAAUUUAUCUCGUAAAUUUCUUGUAUUUGCUGUAACGGAAGGUUCAGCUAAAUCAAGUAAGUCUGAAGAAACUAUCCCGUCUUGGGCUAAGCCAGAUUCGGAGGAACCCCCUCCUUGGGCUAGGCAAGAAGCCAAAGACUACUCAUCACAACAGGGCUUUGAGAUUCCCUUUUAUGUAUAUUUACUUGCCUCAACAAUCACUGCAAUUGCUGCUAUAGGUUCAAUUUUUGAGUAUGUAAACCAGAAGCCCGUUUUUGGAAUUCUCAACUCGGACAGCAUUUUUUAUGCUCCAUUGCUUGGAUUCUUUGCGUUUACUGGCAUCCCUACUUCUGCUUUUCUUUGGUUCAAAUCUGUUCAAGCUGCUAACAAGGAAGCUGAAGAUCAAGACAGGAGAGAUGGUUAUAUGUAACAUUAAAUUCUCACUAUAAGUUAUUUACGAUUAUUAUCCCUGGGAGAUGAGUAUUUCUCCUUAAUUAUUUGAAAACUUUUGUUCUUCAA